CUCCUGUCGGUGGCACCAGCGGCCGAUCCGAACUUCCGAAUCGCUCGUCUGGAUAGAGAAAGCGUUUCCCCUCGUCGACGUAGGCCCGGAUCGGUUUCACCGUCACGAACCUCAGUCUCGAAUCGACUUCUCCGAUCGACCGGCGGUCUUCGCAGCGCGAGCGUCUUUUCCAGUAAAGAGGGCCGUGUCUGAAUGCGAACGAUGCAAUCGUAUCCGAGCGCGAUCUAUCUGCUCGCCGUCCUCGCCGUUCUGGAAACCGUGAUGGUCCACGGUGACCCGGACCCGAUGGCGAGACCCACUCGGCCAGAGGUGUUUCUAAACUCGGAGGAGCUGCGGAGAUAUCUGGACCACGUGACAGACUGGUAUUCGCUGAACGGGAAAGCCAGGUAUGGCAAAAGAGACGAGAUUCCAUCGGCUGCAUUGGACGACGGUCGCGCCUGGGACACGGUGAAGACGAUGCUGGACGUAUCGCAGGAGUCGCAGCAGCCGCAGCCGAGAUUCGAGGAACGGAGGCAGCCAAGCCGUCAGUACAUCCGCGAGUUGGCCAGUUCCGGUGACGGCAAGCACGCAUCGAGGACUGGGACCAGACCAUACCACAUGCUGGACAUAGUCGAGAAAUAUUACAACGGGGCGCAGUAAAACGCGUCCCCUCUACCGCCGAUCGAACUCCUCUCCACUAUCCGUCGAAAAAUCGUUUCCCGUUUUCCUUUCUUCCCCGUGACAUCCACCGUGAAAACGAUUCCUCUCGUCCAUGGGCGAUGGAACCCGUUGCGCUACGAACGAGAAACGAAACCGUGAUACUUUCAUGUCGGAUCGCCGUUCUUCGACGAGGUGGCGAAUCGCGGACCACCUCGAACCGUUUUCCGCGUUCGAAACACUGACGCGAUUCUACCAUUGGAAAUAAAAUAAUGUCUGACGACUUGGUCUCGCAUGUUUUAUUAACAGAUCUCUUGGAACAUCAUGAUACAUUUAUAUUAUACCGCUUCGGAGUACAUUGUGCCCUGGAGACGAUCAUCUUAGGGGGAACGGUCGAUUCUCGAUCACUGGAAGCUUGUCUAUGAAACCUGAAAUUUUUGAAAAUGUGCUUGUUAACCCCUCACACGGUAACAUCGUAUGAAGCCGAUGAUACGCUUCGGGCUUUCAGAGCGUCAGUUGAUUCGUAAGAAUUAAACAGACUUCGCGACUUUGAUAAUGUCGGCUAUUAAAUAACAG